AUGAAUAACGAACGUGAAAAGAAGCAGAUGCUAGGAGAGUACCUUAACAAUGGAUGUUCUAUUAGAGAGGAAGGUCAGUUUCAACUGGCAAUUGAAAAGUUUCAAGAAGCCUUCACAUUAGCUGAGGAACUAAACGACGAAAAACAAGUAACCAAUGUAAAUAUUGGUUUAGGAAGUGCUUAUAGAUUAAACAAUCAGAUUCGAACGGCAAUUCAGCACUAUGAAAAUGCCUUGGAAAUUGCAAUAGAACGAGGAUAUAAACUAGAGGAAACAAAGGCACGCCUUGGGUUAGGAAAGGUUCAUAGAAAAAACAAUCAGAUUCAAACGGCAGGUGAGCACUAUGAAAAAGCCUUGGAAAUUGCAAUAGAACGAGAAUAUAAACCAGAGGAAACAAAGGCACGCCUUGGGUUAGGAAAGGUUCAUAGAAAAAACAAUCAGAUUCAAACUGCAGGUCAGCACUAUGAAAAAGCCUUGGAAAUUGCAAUAGAACGAGAAUAUAAACCAGAGGAAACAAAGGCACGCCUUGGGUUAGGAAAGGUUCAUAGAAAAAACAAACAGAUUCAAAAGGCAAUUCAGCACUAUGAAAAAGCCUUGGAAAUUGCAAUAGAACGAGAAUAUAAACUAGAGGAAACAAAGGCACGUCUUGGGUUAGGAAAGGUUCAUAGAAAAAACAAACAGAUUCAAAAGGCAAUUCAGCACUAUGAAAAAGCCUUGGAAAUUGCAAUAGAACGAGGACAUAAACUAGAGGAAACAAAGGCACGCCUUGGGUUAGGAAAGGUUCAUAGAAAAAACAAACAGAUUCAAAAGGCAAUUCAGCACUAUGAAAAAGCCUUGGAAAUUGCAAUGGAACGAGAAUAUAAACUAGAGGAAACAAAGGCACGUCUUGGGUUAGGAAAGGUUCAUAGAAAAAACAAACAGAUUCAAAAGGCAAUUCAGCACUAUGAAAAAGCCUUGGAAAUUGCAAUAGAACGAGGACAUAAACUAGAGGAAACAAAGGCACGCCUUGGGUUAGGAAAGGUUCAUAGAAAAAACAAUCAGAUUCAAACGGCAGGUCAGCACUAUGAAAAAGCCUUGGAAAUUGCAAUAGAACGAGAAUAUAAGCUAAAGGAAAUAAAUGCACGCCUUGGGUUAGGAUAUGCUUAUAGAUUAAGCAAUCAGAUUCCAAAAGCAAUUCAGCACUAUGAAAAAGCCUUGGAAAUUGCAAUAGAACGAGAAUAUAAACGAGAGGAAACAAAGGCACGCGUUGGGUUAGGAAAGGUUUAUAGGAAAAACAAACAGAUUCAAAAGGCAGUUCAGCACUAUGAAAAAGCCUUGGAAAUUGCAAGAGAACAAGGAUAUAAAGGCUUAGCAAGAGAUGUAAUUGAAAAAUUGUCAAGACUUAAAGGUAAGCUUAGGUGAAGACCAUGCAGGUUGGUAAGGUUAUAGCUAUUUCGAAAGUAAAACGUUCAAUCUGAUACUUGAUGUUGCUGUUUCCAAAUUUUUCGCAAAAUAAAAAAGUAAAUAAAAUAGUGUUCGGUUGAGAAGCAUUUUUGAGUUUGUUUUAAAGAAAUUAAUAAAGGAUCGCUAAGGUGUUAGGAUAAAUCCCAAUGUGUAAAACCCGAGUUUAUCAAACCGUCGAAUGCAACUACCCAUGGACAUCUUGGGUUAUAAAAUUUCAUGCUGGCAGACACAUCUCUCAGGUUAUAAUCAACUCAAGCAGUCAGAGCGAGGCUAGUGGAAAGUAACUGACAUCUCAGGUAGCUGGAUUGUUAGUCUGGCUAUAUACGAGUAUAUUUUCAAGACGUGUAGAAUGACAACUAGGUUGUCGGGAAAAAAUAAUAAAUAAAAAAUCCAAAAGAUCAAACAGAACACCUGAGAGUAUCACAAAAUUCCUUUUGACAUAUUGGAGUAAUAUGCCUGAGAAUAGUUCGUCCGAUUCCUGCCUCUACACACCUAUAACAUAAUAUUUCCUGCCUAAAAAACUAACAAAAAACCGUUUUAUCAAACGUUUUAAACCGUUGGGAGAAACUCUGGAAGCAUAAGGAAAUCAAACUGUGUAAUCUAUCUUUCUAUUUAGAUACUGGUAGCAUUAAAAUAUCCAGUACAUCAAACGACGCUCAACGUCAGGAUGAAACUGUUGAUAAUGUGGAGCAAGCAGAUAUCAGAAACCAAAGUAUGAAUGUUGAUAGAAUUGCGUCUGCAGUAGGAUUAUUGAACUUGGGACAUUCUUACCAAAGGGAAGACGGAAAUGAAGAGGCCAAGAGUUCAAAAGAAGCUCAAAAUUUGCUAAGACUACCGACACAG